AUGUCGACCCACGUGCGUACGCAGGUCAGCGAGCUCCUUGAGUACUCGCUCAACGAGAAGAAGCGAAACUUCCUCGAGACCGUCGAGCUCCAGAUCGGCCUCAAGAACUAUGACCCCCAGCGUGAUAAGCGUUUCUCGGGUACCGUCAGGCUUCCCACCAUCCCCCGUCCCAACAUGAAGCUCUGCAUUCUUGGUGACCAGCACGAUAUCGAUCGUGCCAAGCACGCCGGCAUCGACUCCAUGUCCGCCGACGAUCUCAAGAAGCUUAACAAGAACAAGAAGCUCAUCAAGAAGCUCGCCCGCAAGUACGAUGCCUUCGUCGCCUCCGAGGCCCUCAUCAAGCAGAUUCCCCGUAUCCUCGGACCCGGUCUCUCCAAGGCGGGCAAGUUCCCCACCCCCGUCUCUCACGCUGAGGACCUCGUCGCCAAGACCAACGAAGUCAAGUCGACCAUCAAGUUCCAGCUCAAGAAGGUUCUCUGCAUGGGUGUCGCCGUCGGAAACGUUGGCAUGGACACUGAGCAGCUCAUCUCCAACAUCAUGUUGGCCAUCAACUACCUCGUCUCUCUUCUCAAGAAGGGCUGGCAGAACGUUGGUAGCCUUACCAUCAAGGCUACCAUGUCUCCUCCCAAGCGCCUGUACUAA